AUGAGUCUAAGCCAUUCGCAUAUAGCUCAAAAGUGUGUCUCUCGCAUCUUAUCUCGCAAAGUCCUUUCUUCCUCUGCUAAAUCUCUUGCCCUGGGUCAGAGGUACUUUGUGACAUCAUUAGUCAGAAGAUCCAGCACGGAUGAACAUUCCUCGACAAGUUUUUUCGGAAAUGUCAGAUCCAUGUGGGGCUCUGGGGCAGAACGGAAGAAGAAGAUUGAAGAUAGAGAUAUUCGAGAAAACGCCUCGAAUCCUUACAUUCGGUAUCCUUUGAUCACAGAGGAGCAAAUGAAGACCAUUUCCAAUGAUAAGUACAAACUUGAUUUUUCGUACGCCUCAUACGCUCACCAUAGUCUCGAUACCGAUCCAACAAUCAACUCUCUCAGUGACUUAACCGAUCCAACUCUGCUCAAUAGUCUUCUUCCUAGGAGAAGACCUCAUCAAUCUCCUGUUGAUACGCUUUCUAUUAAAGCAGGAGACGACGCCAUGUUAGUAUGCUCCACAACUAUGGCUAUUGCUGACGGUGUUUCUGGCUGGGAAUCUAAGGGAGAGCAAAGUUCGUCGGGCAUCUGGGCUAGAUCAAUGUUGGAAACACUCAGCCGGCUCAUGACUGAGUACAAGAUAUCACACGUGCCCCACCAUUUGAAUAACAGGGACAUUGAACAGAUAUUGGACGACACUUACUUGCAUACAUCGCAUCUUAUGGACCUUCAAGGUUUGAAAGGGUCAUCUACGCUUGUCUUGGGAAUGCUCAGUGGAGACAUGCUAAAAAUGAUUAGCAUUGGUGAUUCCAAGAUUUACAUCAUAAGGGAUGGAGAGAUUGUAAAAACUAAUGAAGAGCAGAUGGUUUCCGAUUUGUGCCCAAAGCAAAUUGGAACUCAAACCCUUAAUGUUUUGCCAUCGCAAAUGUGCUGGGUGGACGACAUGGAGUUACAAGAAGGUGACCUUAUUGUCAUGUGUUCCGAUGGCAUCUCUGAUAAUCUUUACGAAUGGGAAAUUCUUGAAAUGCUCAACAAGAACAUGAAGAAAGACAACAUGAGGAAAGUAGCUAACAGAAUUUUGGCCAAGGCCAAGCAAGUGGCAUUUGAUGAUCAUGCUUACACACCUUACAACGAAAAGGUGAACAAAAUUAAUCCAGACGGAUGCAGCAUAGGAGGUAAGCUCGAUGAUAUGUCCUUGGCUAUCGCUAAAGUGGUUCCUAAUUUGGAAAAGCGCAAGAUUAAACAGAAUUGA